AUGGGGGAGCUGGCGGAUGAGGUUUUGGGGAUUUACUGGAUGGGGAAGGAUAAUGCGGUGGGAAGGAGCGACUGGGAGGAUGAGGAUCUCACGUGGGAGCAGAUUAAGGACAUGGAGUCCAAUGCAAAGCAACAAGAGAAGUUAGCCUUGCAAGCAUCAUUAUUCUUUGACAACUGUAAAAGUGGCUCAGAUAAUUGCCGAAAGGAGCUGCAGGAUGCCAAGAGAUAUGCAGAAUCAGUUGCUAUUAUUACGCCUGAGCUUCAGCAGGCCUUCCUGGAGAUGCCUACUACUGUUGAAGAACUGGAAGCUGCCAUCCAGGAUACGAUAACUCAACCAAAUGGCAUCCUGUUCCUUAACCAUAAUAUUCUGGAGGAAUAUGAAAACCGUCAAAGAAAAAUUGAAGCACUUACUAACAAGCAAGAGGCUGAUGUAAAGGAAUUGAAAAGCCUGUUAGAUGAAAUCGAUGCUCUGAAGGGAAGUUGGCUCCCAACAUUGAAAAGCCUCGUGGCUCGGAUUAAUGAAACUUUUAGUUGUAAUUUCCAAGAAAUGGCUGUUGCAAGCAAAGUAUCAUUAGAUGAAGAUGGCACAGAUUUUGAUCAAUAUGGAAUAUUGAUAAAAGUGAAAUUCAGGCAAACUGGACAGCUGCAAGUUUUAAGUGGUCACCACCAAUCUGGAGGGGAGCGUUCUGUUUCAACCAUUCUCUACCUCGUUGACAAACUGCCCAUUUAGGGUGGUUGAUGAGAUAAAUCAAG